CUUCCUCAGUACUAGACCCUCUUCGCCUUCUCGAGAACAUAUAAGCCCUCCCCCAGAAGAAGACCAUGCCUCCCAUGCCUCUGCCCUCUCUGCCGCCCUCCACAACAUCCACAUGGGCACGUCCCCCCACCACGCUCAACAUGAACAUGACUCCAAAGACAAGCCACACUCGAACAUCGAGAUCGCCGUCAACUCCGAUUGGCUCACCCUCAAGGGCACCGGUGUUGACGUCGAGCCAGCACUCUUGUCUGGUCACAUCGCCUUGUACCUCACCGAGUCGACGUCUAUCAAGGAGAUAACGCUUCAGUUCCGUGGCAAGGCGAGACUGCCUACCUCUGCUUCCGACACCUCUUCGUCAGGAGCCACCUACGUCGUGUGCAACCACGACUGGUCGUUCCUCGAGGGGGAGAAAAGGCAUAGCCACACGCUGAAGGCGGGCCGACAUGUCUUCCCCUUUCAGCUCCAGAUCGGCGGAUCUCUCCCUUCGAGCAUCGCAACUGCCUUUGGUGGCGCGUCCAUCAAUUACAAGCUUCGUGCUGUCGCCGUCCGGCCCGGGUUCGCCCACAACAUGCAGGCCAUCCUCCCGCUCUACAUCAUGCGCUCCUUCGCACCAGAGGCACUCGAGUACCAGCAGACGCUCGAGAUCGAGAACACCUGGCCAGAGAAGCUCAUGUACUCCCUCAUGAUCCCCCACAAGGCGUGGGCCAUCGGCGACAAAAUCACCGCUAUUGCCAAGUUCUCGCCGCUUGCCAAGGGUGCAAAGGUCUUGUCAGUCUCGACUGUCUUGAACGAGACGACCAAGAUCACCCUGCCCGGUCGCGUCGGCCCCGUGGAGCACACCCGGAGCGUCGUCAACGCCAAACAUGAUAUCUUGAACCACAAAGCUGUUCCCGUGAUUGAGCAGUACCCGGGCGUUCGCGUCCCCGUCCUCGCAGGGUCGUAUGUUGCGCUGACGACCACCGCGAGCUCGAUACCACCUAACCCCACUCUCGGCGCCGAACACCGAUCACGGAGUACGGGCUCGAUUUCUGGCAACUUAUAUGGAGACCUUGCUCUUCGCAUCGUGCCGACCUCAGGGUCGGGCUCAUCGAACGAAGGAGUUGCGUCUUCCUCAUCAUCCUCCCAAUCAGGUCCACAGCCAUCGUCCAGCACAGCACCUACUUCGCAGCCGUCAAACUCCUCGGAGGACCUGGAGAUGAACGAAGAAAAUGUCGUGACUCCGAUUUCCAUCACUAUCCCACAUUCCGCCACUCCCAGCCACGCUCUCGAUCCCAUCCAUGUUAGCCACCGCAUCCGUUGGUCGAUUCUCAUCAGCAAUCUCGACGGUCACACAUCCGAGCUGCGGUGUUCACUACCAGUCCACAUCAUAGACUAUCGCCUUUUCGACGAGGUGGCCUUGAACACUGCCGCGACGCGCCGCUUGCUCCUCGAAGGUCCUGACACAAACUCCGAAGAGUCGCCGGAGUCCGAGCUGCCGAGUUACCCCGCACACGUCCGCGAUCGCAUCGCAAACAUGUAUCUUCCAGACGCAGCUACGGUGCGAGUGACGAACCCAUGGGUGGCGAGCCACAUGAGCCCGACCAACAUUGGAGAACAGGACGCACACCGGCUCAACACCGGUCCAUGGACGCCCUCUGGCGCGUCCUCUCCGCUCAGCGUUCAUCCUGCCACAUCACACCUGCCACAUCAGCCCCAGAGCGGUGGGAGUACACCACUCGACUGGGUCAACUCUGAGCUACUUCUGUCGCUAUCAGGUGAUGAGCCGCCACGGCCAACGGUCACGAUCUCCCAGGCUCUGCAGGCGAGCUCGUACCCAUCACCCCCGCACUCUAAUUCCGACCCCACUAGCCCCUCGCUAAGCCGAGGAGCGUCAAGGCGACCUUCGCGACGGCCGAGUCGCGCGCCCAGCCCUGAGCGCCAUCUCACCAUGUCGAGUAUUUCGUCUUCAGCAUUGCCAGCGACUAUGCCAGCAGCGCCCGAGACAUACGUGCACAACGCGAGCAACGCGUCGCGCAACAUGGCAGGCGUGUUCACCGCCACGCUCAAGCCCCUCAACACGAGUUUAGCAGCAUCCGCAUGGCGCGGCGCCGGGGGAUACGGCACUUCGCGCUCAAACUCGUAUGGGAACCUCGCCUCGCUCGCCCCCACCUCGACGGAGCACCGCGUCUCGUCCUCGCAGCAGCCCCACCACCCCUCGUAUCCCAGCCACGCGCACUCACACUCACACUCGCACUCGAUAUCGCACAUCCACUCGGGCGUGCAUAGCCCGGCCGCCGUCCAGUCCCCCUCCGCAACCAUCCACGGCUCGGGGUACUUCCCCGCACCGGGGCACAGCAGCGCCGUCGGCGGGUCUGCGACGGGGUGGAGUACCCCGCGGACGAUGCCCCCGACGCCUGCGCUCGACGCGCCAAGCGAGAGCGCACUGUGGCACCGGGCGUUCACCGAAGUGCCUGACUACGACGUCGCCGCGCGCGGGUUCAUCGGGGGCGUGCCGCCGCUGAGCAGCAUGCAGGGGCUCCCGUCGUACGAGGAGGCGGGGCGCGACUCGCCGACUGGCGGAAGCGGAUCGACGUCGCCCGGCGCGAGAGGGGUACUCAGCCCUGCUUCUGCUAGCGGUAUGCAGCUGCGCCUGCCGCCAGGUCGGAACGCGUCGGUGUCGCCGGCGUCAUAGCGUUCUUUUGCGCUGUUUCCUUUCCUUUCCUUUUAUUUCGUUUCUCGUUUUAUCUAGACUUCACAUCUCCUCUCUAUCGCAUCAUGAUUCCCGCGUCGUCCUUUUUUCCAUGCACAUAGACGCGACGGACGCACCAUAUACUCGCACUCUUGAUUUAGACACAUCUCGUUCUCUUCUCUCUCCAUAUCUGUCGUUGUUCGCCCGCUCAACCCCUCUGUCCAUCUCGUCAUGAUUUAUUUUCCUACCAUUUUUGUCAUCCCCGUCUCUCUUUUUUCCUUCUCAUUUCACGACAUAUCCAUUGUGACUUAACGGCCCC